AAGACCGCGACGAGCUCGUGAGCGUGAACAGUUUUGGCAUAGGAGGCGCAAACUCACAUGUCAUCCUAGAGUCAGCGCGAUCCCAUCUGUCGAGAGAGAAUGGCGGAUCGGUAGGAAGGAGACACAUGGCUCCAUUUCUCGUGCCCGUCUCCGCCACAAGUGCGAAUUCUCUCGCAAGACAAAUCCAGUAUGUGAAAGAUUAUUGCAAGUCCCGGACAGUCGCCGCUCUAGACCUUGCCCAUACGCUUGGGGCUCGACGUGACCAUCGUCGACAUCGCGCAUUUGCCGUUACAACCGGGGAGGAUAUCAUAUCAGAGCUUCCCGCUUUCGAAUCGGGUGUUGCCUCCACCAAGCCACUGGAACAAUUGGUCUUUGUUUUCACUGGCCAAGGGGCUCAGUGGCCUGGGAUGGGGAAAGAGCUUAUACCAGCGUUUGACGGUUUCCGGGCAGACAUUCGCCGGUUGGACAAUGUUCUUCAAUCGCUGCCCGAUCCUCCCACUUGGAGCAUGGAAAACACGAUCUGUGCUUUUGACGAUGCGUCGUUGUUUACACAGGCCGAGUUUGCCCAGCCCUUGUGCGUCGCGAUUCAGAUCGGUUUGGUCAACCUGCUUGGAUCAUGGGGUAUCGCUCCCACACUGGUGGUUGGUCAUUCCAGCGGCGAGAUUGCCGCUGCGUACGCUGCUCACUCGAUCACUGCUGAUGCAGCCAUCACCAUUGCAUAUUAUCGAGGCCAAGCAGCAAAGUGUCACACUAGACCGGGGGGGAUGGUGGCUGUAGGCCUCGGCCGAGAUGCUGUGACGCAAUACUUGAAUGACGGCGUCGUGGUGGCCUGUGAGAACAGCCCUCAAAGUACUGUGCUCUCCGGGGAUGCAGAGGCCGUCAGCCAAAUGAUUCGCUUUCUCAACGACGAGCACCCAGACAUAUUGACCACUCGUCUAGAUGUGAACACGGCCUAUCACUCCCACCACAUGGCCGAGAUUGGGCACAUCUUCGAAAAAAUGAUUCGCGGUCGAGCUCCAGCCUGUACACCGCAGAUCCCAAUGUACUCCACUGUGCUGGGCAGGUCUCUUACUAUAUCUGAUCAGUUAGACAGCAGGUAUUGGAGGAACAACUUAGAACUGCCCGUCCUCUUCUCAACAACAAUCAAGAAAGUACUCCACGAUUUGCAGAGCCAGGCUAUGUGUUUUGCAGAGAUAGGACCUCACUGUCCCCUUUCUGGCCCUCUCCGACAGAUGUUCAAAGAGGCAAAGAUUAAGCCAACACCAAACUAUGUGGCUACUCUGUGCAAGAACCAGCACCAGUCGAUUAACAUCAUCCAAUCGGUGGGACGCAUGUUUCUCAACGGCAUUAAAGUGUCUUUCCCUGCUCUUAAUGGGGCAGGAACCGUAUUAUUUGACCUACCGCCAUAUCCAUGGGACUAUAGUACAAAGCAGUGGAUGGAGAGCCGAGUUACAAAGGGAUGGCGCAUGCGUCAGCAUGGCCACCAUGAACUGCUCGGGUCUCGAGUCCUGGAGUCAAAUGAUCUGGAGCCGUCGUGGCGGAACAUACUUCGCCUUGAAGAUAGCCCGUGGCUCGCUGAUCACAAGUUCUCCGGCUGCAUAGUGUAUCCCAGUGCCGGGCAUAUUGCCGCAGUUGGCGAGGCAAUCCGUCAGGUAUCUGGUGCCUCUCGGUACGUGAUUCGAAACAUGCUUAUCAAGAACGCGCUGGUUUUGGACGCGCAGGACGACGUAGAGCUGAUGACAAGCUUGCGCCCGGUGACGCUGACCGACGUGCUGGACUCGGACUGGUACCAAUUCGUCAUUCAUUCAUACAACGGCACGGAAUGGCGCAAGCACUGCACUGGACAUGUCACCGCUGUGCAUGAUGCUGUGCCAGCCGGCGAGCCGGCCCCACCGUUCUUGCGCCAUGUCGAUACUGGUCUACAAUACCGCUCUUUAAGGGAGCUGGGACUCGAUUAUGGACCGCAUUUUCAGGGCCUUGACGGCGUAACGGCUGAUCCAAUAUCUGAGACAGCACGAGGGAGAAUCACCAUACAGGAGCCCUUGGAACAAAUCGAUACUUAUUCGGUCCACCCUACUGUCAUCGAUAAAGCACUGCAGUUAAUGACCGUGGCGGGCACGCGAGGAAUCGCCCGACACAUGGAUCGGGUCGCAAUUCCAGUCUCCUUUGACAAGGUCUACUGCGGUUGUGGAAACCCCGGAGAACUGCGAGCGCAGGCGACCUGUCGAAAGGCUGCGCAUGGUAAUUUCAUGGCAGACAGCCUUGUCGUCGGAUCCACGGAGGUGAUCCUGGAUAUCCAGGGCGUCAAGUCUUUCGCUAUGGAGGCCGACGAUCACGGCAAUAGCUUUAAUGACGGCCUGCGGUCGGCUCGAACUGACUGGCAACCGGAUAUCGAGUUUGUCCCAUCGUUAGCUGACUUGUUGCCUCCGGCUCCCCCACGAAUGGAACUCGAGCUCCAUGUGAUAGAGCAGAUUUGUGCACUACAAAUUAUGAUCAUGUACCGCUCAACUCAGAACAUCACCCCAAAGGCUUCUUACCUUUUGAAUUACAAACACUGGCUAGCGCAGUGCGUGGAAAAAUUCCAGCAUGGAAAUCACGCUCUAGUGCCGGAAGCUCAGGAGUGGACGGCGAUGGAUCCGGAGCAACAAGAAUCACUGCGUGCGUCUUUAUCGAGGCGUGCGGAAGAGAACUUUCAGAGCGAGUCUGCUCAAAUGAUAGCACGUUUUUCCAGCCGCAUCGCAGCGAGUGUUGAAGGUAUCUUCCGCGGAGAAGUGUCCAUGGUUGAAUCCAUGAUGGUCAACAAUGACCUUGAGCUCUUCUACAAUAGUAUAUCGCACCCAUCCGAUUACAGGCCUUUCCUUUCUGCCCUUGGACGUUCGCGACCACACAUGCGUGUCCUCGAGAUAGGUGCAGGUACUGGUGGUAUGACAGCGUCAACGCUUGAAGGCUUGGAGACGGCAAACGGCGUUAGGAUGUUCUCCGAAUACGUCUUUACCGAUAUCUCGCCGGGUUUCUUUUCCGCCGGGCGGGAGCGAUUCAGAAAUAUUCCAAGAAUGGUAUUCAAGACCCUUGAUAUUACCCGCGACCCCGUCGAGCAGGGCUUCAGCGCGGCUUCUUUCGACCUGGUUGUGUGCUCCAACGUACUUCACGCCACUCCGGCACUACAGACAACGCUGUCCAAUGUCCGUAAGCUUUUGGUCCCGGGGGGGUAUCUAUUCCUACAGGAGCUAUGUCCAGAAACAUCCUUGAUUGAUGGCAUCAUGGGCUUGCUGGAGGGGUGGUGGGUCGGUGAAUGUGAAGGUCGUGUAGACCAUCCAUACAUCUCCCCCUCCAGGUGGGAUGAGGAGCUACGAAUGGCUGGUUUUACUGGCGCCGAAGCUAUGGCGUAUGAUAACGUGCAACCGUACCAGUUCAAUGCCAACAUCAUAUCGCGACUUCCUUCGGACGAACUCACUGGAGAGCACAUCAGCCUUCUGUAUGACGGGGCUAUCACGGAAUCAGCUCGAUCUAUUGAGAAUGUAUUUUUGCGGCAAGGAUAUUCGGUGAGCUGGUGUACCUUGGAAUCCGGGGCCUGCGGAAAUAUCGUGUCGCUGCUUGACCUAAAUUCCCCAUUCUUCGAUGGUAUUUCGCAGCGUUCCUUCGAUCUCUUCCGGGAUUUCAUCAACCGGGAACCGCCUAAAAGUAUCCUGUGGGUAGCACGACACAUUCAAAUGGAGUGUGAGGAUCCCCGAUGGAGCCAAACCUUCGCCGUGGCUCGUUCAGUUCGAUUGGAAUCAUCCAUCCCGUUUGCAACUGUCGAGAUGGAUCCACCGAACCAACGGGGCUUAGAUCUUCUCGUCAAGGUGUACCAAAAGUUUCAGUCACGUCUGUUAUCUGGGUUAGAGCCAGAUUACGAAUACUCGAUAAAACGCGGCUCUGUCUACACCUGUCGCUAUCAUCCCACAGACCUGUCGGAACGGGCGACCACACGCAGAUGCCCCAAUGGCGCAAGGAGACUGUCUAUUGGAAGCACAGGCUUGUUGGACACCCUGCACUGGGUGCAGCAUGAGCCUCGACUACCAGGCGCUGGGGAAGUCGAGAUUGAGGUGCGAUACGUCGCCCUGAACUUCAAGGACAUGAUGGUUGCGAUGGGUUUCAUCGGGCACAAAGAUGAUCUGGGUUUUGAAGCUUCCGGGAUAGUCCGUGGCAUCGGCCCUGGCCCACACGAUCAAAUCCUUCGUGUCGGUGAUCGGGUUUCCGUCAUGGGGAGCCCAAUGUUCAGCACAUCGGUUGUAGCUAAGAGCAUCCAGUGUUGCAAGAUUCCCGCAAAGCUGUCCCUGGAGAAGGCGGUGACCCUACCAUGCGUCUACGCGACGGUCGUAUACUCUCUCUUGACUGUUGGACGAUUGCAAAGUGGACAGUCCGUCCUAGUACAUUCAGCAUGCGGUGGAGUGGGGCUAGCGGCAAUUCAAGUCUGCCAAAUGAUAGGUGCAGAGAUCUUCGCCACUGUCGGGAGUGAGGUCAAGGCCCAACAUCUUGUCAACAACCACCACAUACCGCGAGAUCGGAUAUUCAACUCCAGAAACCCUAGUUUCAAGGAAGAUGUUCUCGGGGUGACAGGGGGCCGAGGUGUCGAUAUCGUGCUGAACUCCCUCUCUGGGGAAUGCCUACAUGCGUCAUGGGAGUGCGUCGCGGAGUUCGGGACCAUGGUUGAAAUCGGUAAGCGAGACAUGAUGGGACAUGGGACAUUGAGGAUGGAUCAAUUCCAGGGUAACCGCUCUUUCUUUGGCGUUGACCUGCACCACAUGGGUCUGCAAAGACCAGCUGAGGUCUUCCGAAUUUUGCAACAAGCCAUCGGGUAUAUUGAGCGAGGGCAGAUUAAGCCUAUCGAGCCGAGGACUAUUUUUGAGGCCCACGAGGUGGAGGACGCGUUCAGGUACAUGCAGACGGGUGAGCAUAUGGGCAAGAUUCUCGUCCGCUUCCCCGAAGACCCGGUCCAGCUUCCAGUAUCUACAGCAGAGGAACGUCUUUCGCUCUCGCCCGAGGUAUCUUACCUCCUGGUCGGGGGGCUAGGGGGCCUUGGUCAGGCUGUAUCCCGGUGGAUGGUUGAAAGCGGAGCACGAAGCCUGGUAUUCCUUUCUCGAUCUGCCGGUCACUCUGCCGGUUUUGAGGCUUUCCAUCACGAACUCAAGGUCAUGGGGUGCUCGAUCACCGCGGUGGCCGGGGAUGUUGCCAAUCCUGACGACGUCAAGCGAGCCCUCAACGCAUGCCCGCACCCUGUCGCAGGGGUGAUACAAAUGGCGAUGGUUCUGAAGGUAGGGGCCCUGGUAUUGCAUUUGAGACGGCGUAUGAAUACUGACACUAGGACGCAGGAUCAAACUUUUGAGAAGAUGACGCACGAUGAAUGGACGGGUGCCAUCUCGCCCAAGAUCGAAGGCACCUGGAACCUGUACCGCGCUUUGCAAGACCACCCACUGGAUUUCUUCGUGUUAUUCGGGUCCCUAGUCGGCCACUUGGCCAACGUCGGGCAAGCCAACUACGGCGCGGCCAAUUGCUUCCACGAGGCCUUCGCCAAGUACAGCCGAGCCCGGGGAUUCCCAAGCGCAGUGCUCGACCUGGGCGCCGUGAAGGAUAUCGGGUAUGUCAGUGCGCAUCCUGACCUUCUGCAGCGGUGCCUGGCCUCUUCAAUAGAGCCCCUCGGGGAACGACAGCUUGUUCGCGCCUUGCAGGUUGCUAUCGCCCAGGCGCGAGUACCCUUCAACCCAGACCAAGGCGCAGACCCCAGCUCCGUCAUCGUUGGCCUGCAGCAACUGACCAACGAGCAUUGCCGAACCACGUACCAGAGUGAUCUCCGCCUUGCGCUCUUCAAGGAGGCAGACACUCAACACGAGAGCGGAGGAUCUUCCCAGAUGGACACCAUCAACCAAUUCAUCGCCGACGCGGAACGCGACCCAUCUAUCCUGCACCUCCCGUCUUCGGUGGAAUUGAUGACGCUCGAGAUCGCUCAUCUCGUUCGCGCGGGGUCCGGGGAUGAGACUGUCGAGGCGGCGGCGGAAAUACCGAUCGACUCGCUGAUGACGAUCGAGAUCCGGAGCUGGCUGCGGAAACGGCUCAACGUUGAUGUUCCGGCGAUGAAGAUUGCCAAGGGGAAGAAUAUUGGGGGGCUAAGCAAGUUUGUUCUUGAGGGGAUUGACGAAAAGCUUCGGCUCAAGGGUGUUGGCACCGGGCAGGUUGCUAGUGAAUGAUAGCGCCAUUGCCAGCUAAGCGAUGACUGGCGCUGUGCGACUUUGUAUUGAGCCAUUUUGAAUGCGUCGUAGAUUCACUGUC